AUGAUUUUUGGAUUUUUAUGCUAUUACAAUUAUAAUCUUUAUGAUUCUCCGGACUAUUAUCACUCAUUACCACUUAAAGUAAAGUAUUAUGAUACAACAACUAAGUAUUAUCAGCCAGAAUUAAGAAAUUACACAGAUUAUACAUUUAAAUCACGCAAAUCUUACAAAUGCUUCGUAGAUCAAAAGGAAUUCAAGCCUAUGCCAUUAAGCGAAAUAAAUUAUAAUAUCAGAGAAGAAUUUAAGAGAAAAUGCGAAAAUUACACUUCAAAGAAGUUCAAUAACGUUCAAAUUUGCUAUUUCAAUAACAUAACAUUCGAAACACGCAAAAACACUACAAUUAACGCUUCUUUGUUAGACAAUAACUUAAUGCCAAGAACAACGCAAACAGGAAUAGCCUAUCCUCAUGUAAAUGGCACAAAAGUUUACUUUGAUUGCGAUCUUAAUAGCAAAAGCCUUAAAUACGUAGGAAUAAACCCAAUUACAGUUAUUUAUUCACAUCCACUUGCUUGUAGAGCUGGUGCGAAGAGAAAAAUGAAUGUAGUUCGUUGCACAAGCACUCGUGCUAUCAAUGCUUCAUUGAAAAAUUCAACAAAUUCAGCAAAUAUUUCAAUGACUCAACAGAUCAAUUCUACAAACACAACAACAGCUGUAAACAUGUCUAAUACAAACAUUUCGCUUACAAAUUCUACAAAGACUUUAAUUAAUUCAACAAAUCAUCUAAUUAAUGAAACAAAUGCAACAAUAAGUAUUGUAGCCGAUGAAUCAUUGAUUUCUAACAUUACUUCGACUCAACAACCAAAUCUUUCGAAUAAUAUUACAAUUCAAGGCCAAAAUGAGACAAAUGGAACAUUGACAACAUCUGUUAAUGCAACUGAGGUCAAGUUAGGUAAUGAAACUAAUUCUACUGCUAUUCCUUUGAAAAUUGAAAAUAAUUCGACUUUAUCUGUAGAAUCAAAUGAAACAAAUGCGACAAUUCCACAAGAAUUAAAUGUGUCUGACGUUUAUGUUCAACAAGAAGUCAAUAAAACAGAAGUUUCAACAAAUUCCACAAUUUCACAGGAAUUUAACGAAACAAAUAGCACUUCAAUCAACGAAACUAACUCUACUAAUUCUACUGACCAGUAA